ACUCAUCUGGUACCACGCAGCGCCAUUUUGAAUUUGAUGUGUCGAACGCGUGUGGAAAAGUUUAGAUGUAAAAUUUUCCAUAAAUUGUAAUCUUAGCUUUUUUUUAGUGAUAAUAGUUAAUUUUUGUAAUAUACUGUACUGAAUAUUGAUUGUGAAGGCUCGUCUGCACAGCGAGAGACCGUCACCAUGUCGCAGGAGAAUGCCGAAAUCAGUGCAAAGUUCUCCACACUCAAUGUAAACGCAAUGGAAUUCGUGCCGAGCUUCUGUCAGGAGCGCACAUCGUCCGUCACCACAGAGAUUAUCGAGGAGAACAGGCCCGAGAACAAUGCUACCGUGCCCGACAAUGAUCCCCUCGACAGCUGGGACGUCGAGGAUGAGCCAGUAUUAACGCCCGAGGACGAGGAGGCGGAAGAGGCGGAGGAUGGCGAUGGCGAGAACGACGUCGCGCCCAAGCAGUCCAAGAAGAAGUCCCAGAAGAUCGAGGAGAGCAAGAGCAAGAAGGAGCACGUGAAUGUCGUCUUCAUUGGACACGUCGAUGCGGGAAAGUCGACAAUUGGCGGGCAAAUCAUGUCGCUCACGGGCAUGGUGGAUAAGAGGACGCUGGAGAAGUACGAGCGUGAGGCGCGCGAGAAGUCACGAGAGAGCUGGUAUCUCUCCUGGGCGCUGGACACUAAUCAGGAGGAGCGCGACAAGGGGAAGACGGUCGAGGUGGGACGUGCCUAUUUCGAGACGGACAAGAAGCACUUCACGAUCCUCGAUGCGCCGGGGCACAAGAGUUUCGUGCCCAAUAUGAUUGGUGGGGCGGCGCAGGCGGAUGUGGCCGUGCUGGUGAUCUCGGCCAGGAAGGGGGAGUUCGAGACGGGCUUCGAUCGGGGUGGACAGACCCGAGAGCACGCGAUGCUCGCCAAGACCGCCGGUGUGAAGCACCUCGUUGUCCUCGUGAACAAGAUGGAUGAUCCGACAGUGAACUGGGAUGAGAACAGAUACAACGAAUGCCGAGACAAAAUUCUGCCGUAUCUCAAGAAGCUCGGGUUCAAUCCGGCAAAGGAUCUUACUUUCAUGCCAUGUUCUGGGCUCACGGGUCAGGGCAUUAGGGAACCAGUGGAUCCGAGUCUCUGUCCAUGGUACUCGGGCCAGGCAUUUAUUCCAUUCAUCGAUGAGUUGCCCUCUCUCAAUAGAAAAACAGACGGUCCAUUUAUAAUGCCUAUUGUAGAUAAAUAUAAAGAUAUGGGUACGGUGGUGAUGGGAAAAGUGGAGUCUGGUUGUGCGAAGAAAGGACAAAAUCUACUCGUUAUGCCCAAUAGAACUCAAGUGUCGGUGGAUCAGCUAUGGUCGGACGAUGAUGAGGUGACAGCUGUUGGUCCCGGUGAGAAUGUCAAGAUCAAGUUGAAGGGAAUCGAAGAGGAGGAUGUGUCGCCUGGUUUUGUGCUCUGUGAUGCAUCGAAUCCAAUCAAAAUUGGCAAAAUCUUUGAUGCUCAAGUCGUCAUUCUCGAGCACAAGUCCAUCAUAUGUGCAGGAUAUUCGGCCGUUAUGCAUAUUCACUGUGCAGCUGAGGAAAUUACUGUAAAGGCACUAAUCUGCUUAGUUGAUAAGAAAACGGGCGAAAAGUCACGAUCAAGACCACGAUUUGUGAAGCAGGAUCAAGUGGCAAUCAUGCGAAUUGAAUGUUCCGGAUUGAUUUGUCUCGAGCAGUUCAAAUUAUUCCCACAAAUGGGACGAUUCACACUCAGAGACGAGAAUAAAACCAUUGCAAUUGGAAAAGUGCUUAAGGUGAUCGAGUAAAGAGUGUGUGUCUGUUGAAGCGACUUUAUAAAUGUAAAACACCAUCAACUAUCAUGGCAAAAGAAAAGCGAAGAAAGAGAGGGACAAAAUCAUCAAAUACAACAAGAAGAAGACGAAGAAAAAUCUACUGAGGUGAGUAAAUAAAAAACAACAGAUUGAAGUGAAAGAGAGAAAUUGAGAAAUAUUGAAAGAUGAGAGCAUAAUAUCGCAGAGAAAGAUUUAAUGUAUGAUAUAAAUUGUUAUUAUUAUUCUUAUAUAUAAUUUUUUUUAUCAGAAUAAUGAAUAGAAAUGCAGAAUUGAAAUCACUUAUUGAUAUAUAUAUAUAUAAACAUCUUUGAAGAGAUGCGGUGAAUAAAUACUGAAGAAUUUUUCAUUUUUUACUAUUAAUGUCCGAAAAUGUGGAGAAGAAGAGGAAAGUUUGAUUCUAAUCUUUAAUCCAAGAAGAAAUGAGCUAAUUCUUUUUUAGAUGAACUCUUAUAUUUGUUCGGUUGAAGUGACGAAUCGCAAGGGUUGGAAAUCAUGUGAAAUUUAAAAGAAAAAAAAAUCGUAUCUUAUUUAAUUUAAAAAGAAGAAAAAAAGAAUAUUCUUAUUAACUCAUAUUCACUACUUAUAUUGUUGUAAAUAUUUUUAAUAUGAGAGAAGAUUCAGGUGAAUAUUGAAAAUAUUAUGAAAUUGAAUAUUAACAAAAAAAAGAAGAGAAAAUGAAAUGAAGACAUUUUUUGGAUCAAAAAAAAACAACGUCAACAGAAUAAAAAAGAAGCACAAUAUUUCACAGAGUUUGCAGAGGGAAGAAUAAUUUGAGGACAGAUAAUAAAUUUAAAGAAAAAACAAUGACAGCUAAUACAUGUACAUAAAUGAAAUAGAAAGCAAUUGGGAGGAAGUGAGGAGAAUAUACUUUGAUAAAUCUCAUUUGAUAAGAGCCAGUUUUGAUGUUUCCCAAUUCCAGGAUAUUGAGAGAAUUUUUCAGUCACACUCCCUGUUUUAUGAGAAGCGAGGAAGAGAGAGAGAGAAGCAGAAAUGAAUAUUGAAUCCAGAGGACAUAACAAAAUAGAAUGAUAGAGAAACAGUUUAAUCAUUUUCUAUUGAAUAUAUAAAAUAUUCUUUGUUUUUUUUAUUAAUGAAAACUCUAAUCAUUAAUCGCUGAAAGUUGCGUGAGAAGAGAAAAUAACGAAAAAUGUCUGUAAAAGUUUUUUUUUGGUGUAUAAGAAGAUACAAAAGAUGAGAGAAAGAGUGCGAGAGAGAGAGAGAAAUGAUUCUUUUCGAUGGUCGUGGAUUUAUUUCAUUCAGAGCGCUGCCUUACAAUCAACCAAAAUAUUUGUGGUAAAAAGAAAACUAAACAACAAAUAGUAAUGAAGAAGAAUUAAAAAAAAAGAAAAAUGAUGAAAAGACACAUAAAAAUAAUAACGUGAAUAGAAAAUGAAGAAGUUGAAAAGAAAGAAAAAAACAAUACAAGAAAUACCUAAAGAUAAACAUUUUCACAUCAAAAAGAAAUAGAAAGUUAAUAAAAAAGAAAAAAAGAAAAAUAAUGAGACGAGUUGAGAAAAUGUGAGAAAAAAUUUGUAGAUGAGAAGCGAGAGAGAGAAUUUCAAUUAAACAUCUCAUAGACGAAAUGGUGAAAUAAUUAUUAACUAAAAAAAACAACAAAAAGAAGGAAAAGUGAAAGAACACACACAAACCAACUGUAUUUGCUGGAAUUAAACUGUUUUCAUAAUAUUAAAAAAAAA